AUGUCGUUGCUGCAGUUGGACGACGAGCGCAGCCCACUCAUCGAGGGAGGCGCGAUCACGAGGACAACCAGGACGGCCUACGCUCUCGGACACGUGUUCAACGAUCUCGUCGCCGCCAUGUGGUUCUCGUACACGCUGCUCUUUCUCCAGCGAGUGGCUCUCCUCGAGCCCCUCACUGCUGGGUUUCUCUUGUUGCUCGGCCAAGUGACCGACGCCCUGAUGACACCGGUGUUCGGCGUACUAGUGGACCGCUACUCGAAGCGCAAGACCUGGCACGUCAUAGGCUCCGUCAUGGUCGGACUGUCGUUUCCCGUGAUAUUCGGCAGCUUCGUGCCGACGGCGAGUCCCACCGGCUCGAGCAAAUUGCUCGUCUACGUGGCCAGCAUCGUCGUCUUCCAAACCGGCUGGGCCGCCGUGCAGAUAUCCCACCUGUCCAUGAUACCUGCCCUGGCUCACACGGCCCUACUCAGAGCCGAACUCACCGCUAUCAGGUACUCGGCCCAAGUGAGCGCCGCCGUGGUUGUCUUCGUCGUCACGUGGGCUGUGCUCCCAACCACCGAGGAAUCCGUCGCGCGCAUCGGACCUCAAGACAGUAUUAAAUUUCGCAACAUAACGGUCGUCCUGACGCUGUUCGGCGCGACCUCGACGAUCCUGUUCCACGCGUUCCUGAACGCCCGGCUGCUGGAGGUGAGCAGCCAGUCGUCGGGCAGCAACGAAGCCGUGCACUGCAUCGAAGCCGAUCUGAACGACUCGAUCGUGACCGGCUCGAAGAGGCCCUACCGCGAGUCAUCGCCCAGCCGCCGGCGCAAGUCCUCGUGGCUGGACAUCGGUCUGCUGGCCCGAGUCGCGCUGCUCUACGUCGCCAGUAGGCUCUUUGUCACCCUGGCCACGGUUUACUUGCCCCUAUACAUCGAAGAGACCAACAUCGGCGGCAGACAAGCCUUGGCCACCGUGCCCAUGGUGUCGUACGCCUCGGCAUUCCUUGCCGCUUUUCUGCUCAAGCACAUCAACCGGUCGUGCGGGUCCAAGUUUUGCUACCUACUAGGCAGCCUGAUAGGCCUACUGGCAGCGGUGGUCGUUGAGUUCUCCGAGAGCAACGGCCCAACGAUGUACACAGCGGCGGUGCUGAUCGGGGCCGGAAGUUCGAUCACGAUGGUCACGGCCUUGAGCAUCACGGCCGAUCUGAUCGGAUCGAGGACCGAGAGCAGCGCUCUCGUUUACUCGAUCGUCACGUUCUUAGACAAGGUCGUCACGGGACUCGUUGUGCUUGUCAUCGAGAGAUCGAGGUGCCUGGACAAGGAGACCUGCCCGAAUUAUAAUCGCGAUUCACUGGCACUCGUCUGUGCGUCCUCGAUGCUUCUUGGACUCUUUACUCUGACGCUUGUGUCAAAGUGCAUCUAA